AUGCCAGACAAGAGAUCUUUCUACGCGGACGAUGAUGUCUCCAUUCCGACGCCCGGCUACAACUCCAAAAUCUCCGACAGCUUGAAGCAAAAGGAGUCACUCCACGAUGCUACCGAGGUCGAGGGGAUGAUUAUUCGCACCGUGCCCGUGUUUGAGAGGUAUGCCAAUGAGGCCAGACUUUACUUGCACAACAAGCGCGAAUUGGCUGCUGCCGAAUGGGGUACCCAGAAGUCUGCCUUUUGCAACGAGGUCAAGUCCAUCAAAACCCAUAUCGACACCACUAUUGUCGAGCCAGUGUUGCCGAGCUUAAUCUACAUUUUGACCACUGCCUUGUCUGGCUCCAUUAUGGUCAACAAGAGCAGCUUGCCGGUACGUUUUGUGGCUCCAUUGUUGUUUGGGACUGCUGCCUACAAGUACUUCAUGCCACAGUCCUACGCUAACACCGUGGCGCACGCCGCCUUCUAUGAGGCCAAGUUCCCGGCUGUUGUCCAAGGCCACGCUGACUUGGAUGCAACUAUUAAUAGUGCUAAGGCAACCACCAAGAAGACAGUUGACUGUGCAAACGAAUCAUUGGUGCUGGGGGUUAGAGCCACGAGAUUGUGGGUCAAGGACACCAUCGAGGAGAUUAAGGGGGAUAAAUAA